CAUUCUUGUUGUUUCUUUCCGCAGAGAGUAUUGUCAUCACAUGCAAAACUAGCUCACGAUCAAGGCUUCGAACUCACUGCACAGCUCCUGUUUCGCGGGACGAGUCGCCAUGCUUACUUUAACAUAGAAUACUGCCAGUUGUUAUCCUUGCUGUAAAUUUGGUGGAGGUUUUCAGGCCGGUGUGGAUCGCGUAGAAAUGGUGGGCUUCACUGGUUCACUCAAAUUACGGAUCUUUGAGGCGAUCGAACUCAAACCGGCAGCGAAAGCUCAUUGGGGAGUGAAACUAACCACCAUCGACCCUUAUUUACUAGUCAAGGUCGACGAUGUACAAAUAGCACAGACUACCUCAAAGACUAAAACUUUCACUCCCGUUUGGAAUGAAGAGUUUAUCGUUGAAGUGGAAAAUGGUCGAGACCUAGAGUUCGCUGUCUUUCAUAACGCUGUCAUGCCGCCAAAGCCUUUUAUUGCAAAUACUACAGUUUCUUUAGAAGAAGUUAUCAAAAGUGGAAGCUCGGAAAUAUGGAUUCCUCUCGAGCCCCAUGGCCAAGUCCAUGUGAACAUAGAACUCAAACCAAGUAACACCGCUCACCAACACUAUCAUGAUAAAGAACAGAGAGUAUUCAAGGAAAAUCCAGGAGGGAUCAAUCGGCGAAGAGGUGCUAUGCGUAGAAGAAUCCACCAAAUUAACUCACAUAAGUUCAUGGCGACCUAUCUGCGUCAACCUACGUUUUGCUCGCACUGCAACGACUUUAUCUGGGGUGUUAUAGGAAAGCAAGGUUAUCAAUGUCAAGUUUGUACUUGCGUAGUUCACAAGCGUUGUCAUAAGAUGGUAGUGACGAAGUGCCCAGGAACACGACAAGAUGCUGAGACGAUGCCUCUAGGUGGAGGGUCACUUAGGUUCAAAAUGGAUGUCCCACACAAGUUUGAAAAAAAGAGCUACAAUCGUCCAACCUUCUGUGAACUGUGUGGCUCUCUGUUAUAUGGAAUAGUCAGACAAGGAAUGCAGUGUACAGUUUGCAAAAUGAAUGUUCAUAGGAGAUGUCAUCAAAACGUAGCCAAUAAUUGUGGAAUAAAUCCUAAGAAAAUGGCCGAGAUUCUCGAAGAAAUAGGUAUAUCCCCCGACAGAAUACACGAAGAAUCACAGCAGAUCAAAAAGCCAUCAUUUCACGAUUGCACUAACAAACCGGCGAAGAAAAUGACCCCACGUUCAGUCUCCAGUCCUUCCAUGAUGGAAUCUGUCAACGAGAACGGUCUACCAGGCAGCACCUUCAAACUGGAGUCGCACCAGACCUCCCCGGGCGAGAGACGGAGGCAUGUGCUUCGCAAGAUGACGCUCAAGGAUUUCACCUUUAUUAAAGUAUUAGGAAAAGGCAGCUUUGGAAAGGUUUUAUUAGCAGAAAGAAAAGGAACCGACGAAGUUUACGCCAUCAAAAUCUUAAAAAAGGAGUCCGUACUACAAGAUGACGACGUGGAGUGCACGAUGAUCGAGAGACGCGUGCUGGCGCUUUCCGCGGGUCACCCUUUCCUUACCUCGCUGCACUCCUCAUUUCAGACAGUGGAGCGAUUGUUCUUUGUCAUGGAGUAUGUCAACGGAGGGGAUCUAAUGUUCCAAAUACAAAAAUCAAGAAAAUUUGACGAGAACAGAUCUAGGUUUUACGCAGCGGAAGUGGUCCUUGCGUUACAGUUUCUCCAUCAAAAUGGUGUUAUUUACAGAGACUUAAAGCUCGAUAAUGUGUUGUUGGACGCGGAUGGUCAUAUCAAACUCGCAGACUUUGGCAUGUGUAAAGAGAACAUGGCGCCAGGGAAAACCACUACCACGUUCUGUGGGACGCCUGACUACAUUGCGCCAGAGAUCUUACAGGAGCAGCCGUACGGCUUCUCUGUGGACUGGUGGGCGCUUGGUGUCCUCAUGUAUGAGAUGAUGGCGGGGCAGCCGCCGUUCGAGGCCGAGAAUGAGGAAGACUUGUUUGAAUCAAUUCUCCACGAUGACGUGCUUUACCCAGUGUGGUUGUCGAGAGAAGCUGUCUCCAUACUCAAAGGGUUCAUGACUAAAAAUUAUCUGAAGCGAUUGGGUUGUACGCCGACGAGUACGGAAAGCUCGAUCCGAGAACAUGCGUUCUUCAGACUCAUCAACUUCGAAAAGCUGGAGGCGCGGCAAAUAAACCCGCCUUUCAAGCCUAAAAUUAGAUCAAGAACAGAUGUUGGAAACUUCGAUACGGACUUCACAAAGGAGGAGCCCAAACUCACUCCAACGGACCGGAACGUCAUCGUCAACAUCGAUCAGCGGGAGUUCCGAGGCUUCUCAUUUGUCAAUCCGCAUUUUGUGUAACGCAAGUGUCACGCAUCUCAUCGCGUUGAUGUGUCUGAAGUGAUGUUCCGCAGUGAUGACGUCUUUUCCGGCGGAAGUUCGCGUGCUUGCUGUAGACGAGCCUUAACAAGUCACGUGUUUGAGAUCAUCCAGUUUUUAAUGGCUCAAUGGCCUGGUUUUUAGCGGAAGGACUCGUCUGCAUUGUAUAUGGACUUUGGCCAAACGCCUUCUGACGAGCAGAUAAUUAACAAUCAUUGCCUAAUUCAAUGAAUCCCGAGGUUCUGGACAUUUCCGAGGGCGCAAUAUAUUAGAGUCUCAGCCUUCCUGUGGACUUUCACAAAAAAGAUGUUAGAAAGUUUAGAUAAAUUUUAUCGAAUCAGAAUCCGUUGAAAUGCGGUGCCAAUGUAUAGAUACAUAUUUUUAAAGGUGAUCUCUUGGCUAGUUUGAGUCCAUGAGGCUGCAAACAAGAGGGGGGAGGGUGUGGUACGACUGAACAGCGCACGUACCUCGCAUCUCAUGCGCUGGUGGUCACACAUAUGGUGCAAUGCACGUACGCUGUCAUGUUCCCUUCUGAUUGCAGUCUCUGAUCUUAGCUCAUUGAAGAGGUUGCGAAUUGCAUUGCUGCCGUGUAUGUUUUUAUUUCCGAUAAUUCUCCAAAAUCGAGAUGAAACUAGUUUCCAAGUCUAGUCAGACCGUCGACGUUAAUUCUUCCAAAAGGACUUGUCGCAACAGUCUGACAUUGGCUUUCAGUUUUAUCUUUUAUGUUUAGGCUUUUGUUAUUCGCGUACGUUUUAAACUCUUAUUUGUUUUACAGUCUUCUCGUGUUUGUUGUUGUUAUUGUUGUUGCUGCUGUUGUUUUCUUCAUUUCUCUAUCUCUGAGGUUUCCUUUUUGCCAUAGGCAUGAACAGAUUUCUCAGUAAUUUCUUUAUACAAGCUGUAAUUAUUCUACAUUUUUUAACUUAUUAAAAUAGGACAAUAUUACAAAUAAAUACUUAGUCACUAGAUAGGUAACCUACUGUAGAACUCUCGAAGUCUCUUAUCGGAGCUGUCUAAAUUUGAUGAAAUCCUGCUUUAAAGAAUAAUAAACCUUCAUUUUGUUACAAUAAA